AAGAAGAAAUUUUGAAUUUUGAAUUUUGGAAAUUGGAAAACUAAAUUGAAAAUUGGAUUUUAAAACACAAAAUAAAUUAUUUUGGUACUUACGAGUUGCAAUUACGAGCCUAAUUCUGAGAUCUAUUGUUACGAAGUACUAAAAUUUUCAUUACAAUGGCUCCUUGAAUUACAAAUCAACAAGUAUUUGCAGACGAAUUCAUUUAGCAGAAAAUGGGCGACUUUCUCGCAGAUGAUAACCCAUGUGGUAGAGCUCUGGUACAUCUCGUAUCAAGAGGAAAUGCGGUUAUCGCAGAGUUGCUUCGAUUGAAAGAUUACAUUCCGAGUACAUUCCGAUUGGACAAUAAACAAGAUCAACAAAAAUAUGGUGACAUAAUAUCGGAUUUUCUGUACUUCAAAACUUCCGAUGAUUUUGAGAGAAAAAUCGAAAAAAAUCCGACUCUUCAAGAUUUGGAUACAGAAUUUCGAGACAACAACGUUGAAAUUUUGAAUAGAUUUUUCCUAGUUUUUGAAAGCGUACACAAGUACGCCACAGAUAUUAAUCAGUUCGUUGAAGAAUUAGAAGAUGGAAUUUAUAUUCAACAAAAUCUCGAGAAUUUAUUUUACAACGGAGAAGGAAAACAACUAUUGUGUGAAAUGUUGUAUCUUUACGGAGUCAUGUUGUUAUUAUUGGAUAUCCAUAUCGACGGUAUGAUUCGAGAACGUUUAUUGGUAUCUUAUUAUCGUUACUGUGCUCAACACUAUACAGGAAGGACGACUGUAGAUGACGUUUGCAAACUAAUGAGAUCCACCGGAUUCGGUACUAGUAAGAGACCGCAAGAUUAUCCAGUCGAUUAUUUCAAACGAAUACAAAUAAAUGAAGAUCUGAUCACCAUGAUUAUUGGUCAUUUACGGACGGACGAUAUUUAUAAUCAAAUAUCAGCUUAUCCGAGUCCUGAACAUAGAAGUACAGCUCUCUCAUCUCAGGCUGUCAUGUUAUUCGUUUGUCUUUUCUUCAACGCUUCUAUUCUCAACAGUCAAUCCGCUAGAAUGAGAGAAAUCGUCGAUAAAUAUUUUCCAGACAAUUGGGUAAUUAGUUUUUAUAUGGGAUCAACGAUUAAUCUAAUCGACAUUUGGGACUCGUUCAAAGCAGCCAAAGUAGCUCUUGGUAAUACUUUGGAACAAGACAAUAUUCAUACUAUUGCCACAAAUCAUAUGCAAAGUCUUAAGAAAGGCGUUAAACAAACCCAGCAAUAUUUAAAAGAAGGUGCACUUACUGAAGAACGAGUUUUCGAAGCCAGCAGUAAAAUGUCAUCAGUUUGUAGAGAUUGUAAUGUUUCUCUGAGAUGGUUAAUUCUGCAUACAAUUCCACAUUACACCGUACCUGAAAUGAAUAAACGAAGUAAACAAAUACGUGAGCAGGUUUUAUCAGAUACUAAAAUUAAACAAUCAGAUCUACUUCAAUUGCUAUUAAACACUGCCGAAUUUGAAUUAAAUUUGAAAGAAUUGAUUAGACACUUGAUAGAUCAGAAAGAACCCAAGUGGAAUGAAUGGAAAAACGAAUGUGUACAAAGAAUGGAAGAUUUAUCCGACGCUUUUUCUGGAGAAAAACCUCUGACGAGGAUUCCAAAAAAUGAAAAUCUGCAAGGCUGGUUUAAAAAUAAAAGUACUGAAAUCGAAUCGCUCAAUAUCGAAAAAUAUAAAUCAUCAAGUAGGAAAAUACUCCAAUUAUUAAAAGCCCUGGAAGAAGUUCAAGGUUUUCAUCGAUUAUCAGACAGUCACCAAGUCAGCGAAUAUAUACGAGAAUCUUCGAAAUAUCUAAAGAAAAUGGUUAAAAUCAUGGCUAUAAAGGAAGACGUUUUAGUCGACUUGCAGAUCAUUGGCGAUAUUGGUUACGCCUGGAUUGCCGUUGAUAAUUACACGAAAUUAAUGCAAGAGAGAAUUAAAAGCGAUCCUUCAUCAGCGAGUAAACUGAGGGCUACAUUUUUAAAACUAUCGUCUGCUCUGGAAACACCUCUCCUUCGAAUUAAUCAAGCUGGCAGUGAAGAUUUAGUAUCCGUGAGUCAAUAUUAUUCCCAAGAAUUGGUUUCCUAUAUUAGAAAAGUACUUCAUAUUAUUCCGGAAACCAUGUUUCUGUUGAUGGCUAAAAUUAUACAUUUGCAAACAAAUGUCAUCAAGGAGAUGCCUACUAGAUUAGAAAAGGAUAAAAUCAAGGAAUACGCCCAGCUUGACGAUAGAACUGAAGUUGCUCGAUUUACUCACGAUAUUUCGGUUUUGUCUGAAGGUAUGUUGAAAAUGAAAAGCACUCUGGUUGGAAUUGUGAAAAUCGAUCCUAAAAAAUUGUUGGAAGAUGGAAUCAGAAGAGAGCUAGUUAAACAUUUAGCUACUGCUCUCCAUACUACGAUUUCUUUCAACUCGAAAUCGAAAUCUCCUGAACCAUCAUCGACCUUAAAACGCCUCAGUACGAUUAUGGACGGAUAUAAACGCUCGUUCGAAUACAUUCAAGAUUACAUCGGUAUUCAUGGUUUGAAAAUAUGGCAAGAAGAGGUAUCUCGUAUAAUUGGCUAUAACGUUGAAAUGGAAUGCAAUAGUUUCCUACGUAAUAAAAUCCAAAGCUGGCAAAGUAUUUAUCAAAAUAAGGCAAUCCCUAUUCCGGAUUUUCCAAAAAUCGAUAAUUCAGUCAACUUCAUUGGAAGAUUGCUGAAUGCAUUGCUGAAGAUUACUGAUCCAAAGACUACAGUUUAUGUAGAAAAUUCAAUGGCGUGGUUCGAUUUUAAAACGCAAGCAGAAGUGAUGAAUUUCAAAGUAUUCAACGAUAUAAAAAAUUCCAUCGGUGUAUCUGGGCUGACCGGAUUGGAUAGACUGAUAUGUUUCAUGAUCGUGACCAAAUUACAAAAUUUACUCGAUACCUUGCGAAAAGAAGUAAUCAGGGAUAAAAUGUGGACAGAUCUUUUCACCAAUGCCAUGAAUACUUUUUCUAAUCCUUCCCAAUUGAUCGAACAUCCUUCCAAAGUUUAUGGUCAAUAUUUGGGUAAACUUUAUAAACUCCCGGCUAGUAUUUCAGAAUCAAUUUUACAAAUAGGUCAAUUGCAAAUUCUACGCCGACAGAUCUUUUACGAAUUGGAAAUUUCGUGUAAAUUUGAUUCGAAACAGUUAUACAUGUGUUUGGAAACAUUCAACGAAGCAAUGAUGAACGAAAUCAAAGCACGAUACGCCGAAAGUGCUGACGACACAAAUAAAAAUAUGCUCUUGAAAGAACUUAGCACGUACUUGGAAUGGGCUGGAAUUGGCAAUCCGUAUGCCAAAAUAUAUAUUACCACCAGCAAUCUUCGUUAUUUUCCCAUGUUCAUGUUUUUCUUCACUGUAUUUCAAUUAUCCAAAUUACAGUGGCAGAAAAAUACAGGUGUCUUGAUGUGGAAAAAGUGUAGUGAUCCUUUAGACGGAUUCCCUUUCGUGAUUGGUUUACAAACCAUUUUUCGCCAGUUCCAUCCAAAUAAUCGGUCGCAGUUCACAUUAUACAUGAGUCAAUACCUGAAGUCAUAUUUAGCUGUGAUUGCCAACGCUACGGAUAAGACUGAAAGUCAAACAGAAAUACGUACGACUUUGGAAUUUUUGUACACUUUCAUCGCUCAUUCGGGAUUACCAAAAUCAGAAAUCACAGACUAUAUUCCAGAAACUGCUAUACAUUUAUUCGAAACAUUAGUCUCAUAAUAAUAUAUAUAUUUUUAUACAUUUUUUACUCAUCGUUACCAUUGUCAUUUUCAAUAAAUACAGUUUUCUUAUUGUUAUAAA